AUGGAAGUGGCGCAAAAUCCUCUUCAAUUGACUCAAGAUCAUCAAGAAGCGAGAAUGACAGACAGCACAUCGCCUCUACGUUGGUCGCCCCCUACAUCGGCAGCUCUUGUGGCAGCUGCUCUGGCACCGCCUGCACUCCGACCCUGGCUGCCAGAUCCCCCCGUAAAGAAGACCAACCACUUGGGUCUCGUCUGCGUGGUGUGCGGUGAUACGAGCUCAGGCAAACAUUACGGCAUUCUGGCGUGCAAUGGUUGCAGUGGAUUUUUCAAACGUUCUGUCAGACGGAAACUUAUAUACAGAUGCCAGGCUGGUACAGGACGUUGCGUGGUGGACAAGGCUCAUAGGAAUCAGUGUCAGGCCUGUCGAUUGAAGAAAUGCCUAGCUAUGGGUAUGAAUAAAGAUGCGGUUCAAAACGAACGUCAGCCGAGAAACACCGCGACCAUCAGGCCAGAAGCCUUGAGAGACAUGGACCAAGAGCGAGCUCUACGAGAGGCAGCUGUUGCUGUAGGCGUUUUUGGACCACCUGUAUCUCUUGCAAUGGCGUUAUCCCCAGCGCGUUAUCCAUUGCUGUCACCACAUUACGCGCCACUACCACCACCUCAGCCAACUCAGCCACCACAACCAGAUUCAUCACACGAUCAUGAUCACGCACAUUCUGAUAGCGAUGACGAUAGUAUUGACGUGACCAACGAAGAGGACUCCACGUCUUACUCGCCACCAGCAGCGCCUGGUUACCCUCAAAACUGCAUACCAUACGGCCCAUUAGGCGUGGAAAGUGCAGCUGAAACGGCGGCCCGACUUCUAUUCAUGGCUGUUAAAUGGGCUAAGAAUCUACCGUCCUUUGCCAGCCUCGCGUUUCGAGACCAAGUGAUACUGCUGGAGGAGGCGUGGUCGGAGCUGUUCCUGCUGAACGCCAUCCAGUGGUGCGCUCCGCUGGACGCCGCCUGCGCCGCUUUAUUUGGUACUGAACAAGCUGACCAAGAGAGCGGCGGCGGCUCGGCGGCGCUGCGGCGCCUGCGCGAGGUGGUGGCGCGCUACCGCAGCGUGCUGGUGGACCCCGCCGAGUUCGCCUGCAUGAAGGCCAUCGUGCUCUUCAAGUCCGAAACCCGAGGUCUAAAAGACCCCCUCCAAAUUGAAAAUCUCCAAGACCAAGCGCAGGUUAUGUUGAUGACUCACGCGCGGACCGCUCACGGGGCCGCCCCGGCGAGGUUCGGCAGGUUACUCCUCCUCCUCCCCCUGCUCCGCCUCGUCACCCCCCCGCAGCUGGAGAGGGAGUUCUUUUCUAAGACAAUCGGUCAAACGCCCAUGGAAAAGGUGUUGGCUGAUAUGUACAAAAAUUAGGUAUCCGGCUCGAAGGACCUUUGUUUGUAUAUAACGCUUCUAUUUUAUAUUAGUCUUCGCUGAGAGAAUGCGUUCCUAAUAAUUACUAAGAAUA